AUGGUACACUCAAACAAAAAUUGUUUGGAAUAUCAUAAAUGCUUAGAACCUGGAAAGUCAAAUUCAAGAUACUCACCUUCAGAUUGGUCUGAUGGUGAAGAAAUGCAUUUAGAUUUGUGUAAACAACGAAGAGAACAAUAUUGUCUAUACUUUACACAUAAAAUAUUGGCAUAUUUAGAGAUUUUAACUAUGAUUAUAACAUUUUUCAGUCCAUUUCUUAUGAUUAUUUUACCAAAUAUUUAUUCAUUUUUAUGGUUUACAUCAAUACAAACAACUAAGCAGCCAUCAACACCACCACCAUCAUCAUCGACAAAUAAAGUUGUGGAAAAACGAAGUAAAAUCAAUUCAAAUCAUAUUUCUCGUCAGUUGAAUAAUAACAAUAGUGAAGUAUAUUAUGAAGUGAAAAUCAUUGAAAUCUGUAUAAAACUUUUAAUAUUCUCUUUGUGUUCAAGUCAUAUUUAUUUAUCACGUUUUAAAAAGAUGUCAUUUUGCUUACAGAAUAAAAAUAAUUUCAUUUCUUAUUCCCAACUUGUUGGAUAUAAACGAUAUAAAAAAUCAGAUAUAUCGAAGUCAAUGCCUUCUUCAUUCCAAUUAUAUUGGUUACAAAGUAAAAUAAAACAAAGUUUACCAUUUAAUUUCUUUAUGGAUUCAUUAACUGUUAUUGUCACCUUUUCAUUUUGGUUAGUAUUUUUAUCCUAUUGGAAUUCAGUCAACUAUAUGACAAUGGCUACUACAACCACUACCACUACUACUAAUACUGAGAGUGAUCAUAAAUCAAAAUCAUGCAGUGAUCUACAGUAUGCAAUAAAUCCCUUGAAUCCAUUUCGUCGUUUUGAUAGUAUUCAACAAAAUAUAUGCGAUAAUACAAAAACCCUUUACACUGAACAACAAUUGAUUCAACUAAAAAUAAUCGCUUUGAAUUUAUCAACAAAUUUUGUCAGUACGCAUCUAUUUCUACAGCUAACUGGUACAUUUCUUAUAAAUUUCAAAGCGAUAUCUGAUUGGAUAUCGUGUAAAUAUGUUGUACAUGUAGUACGUGCGUUAGAUGGCGUUUCGCAUAAAUAUAAAAUUGGUUCGGAUAAUUUAAAGUCUAUUGCUGUCUAUAUUAUACAGAAUACGCUGGUUGAUUUUCAGCCAUAUGAUCCAAUAAUUGUACGUCAGAAGCGGUAUUCAAGAUAUAGCCAAUUAACAAUGUCAGACUGUACACGAAAUAAUAUCAGUAAUUACAAAAAAUCGCAUCUUACACCAUAUAAUGACUACAAAGAAAUGACGAUUCUCAAACAAAAAUCUACAAACUCAUUGAAAAAUCACACUGAAUGCUAUCCUGAACAAACAACCAAAUCACUUCAAAAUCAUCCAUUAAGUCAUGAAUCUAGUAGUAAAAGUGUUAUUGCACCGGUCAAGAGUUGCAACAACAAAACAGAUUAUAAUGAUACCCAAUCAAUUAAAGAUGAAGAGUAUACGAGAGAAAACCUACAAAAAUCUACAGAAACCUUUGAUUUCCUUAAAAUGCCUGAUAUUUAUGAGUUGAAUGUACAUGCUGCUAAAAGAUUGAAAAAUGAGAUAAGCUAUUUGAAGUAUAAACGAAAAUGUCAACUACGACUUCUUGUAUUGAUUAGUAAUUUAUUCACAGCUGUAUACACUAAAACAGAUGCUACGUUAAAUACUGUUGAAUCUUCAUCAGAAAAUCAACUACACAAGUCGAGUGAAUAUAUAUUUCAAAAGUUAUAUGGACCAUUAAGUAAAUAUCUACGUCUUACUAAACAACAGAAUCAACAUAACAGAAGUAUGAUUUUAAAUCGACUUAAAACGUAUUUACAAUACAAGAUGUCUGUUGAAUCUUUUCUCAGUGUUUAUUUCAAUCCACCAAAUGAACUCUUUUAUGUACAGUGUUGUAAUCCAUAUUCUGUUAAUACUAAAAGUUGGAAUCAUGAUCAUGAACAUAUGAGUUGGGCGAAAAAGAUUCAGUUAUUUAAGUGUUGUACAAAUUCAUCGAAAAAUACUAAUGGUAAUUCAGAAAAACGACAGAAUAAAAAUUCCAACAACAAGCCUAUGUUUAAUUCAAGUACACAAGUAUUUCAAACAUGGAAAUUAAGAUUGUGUGAUCCAUUAAUAAAUUCAUCAAUUUAUGACGGUUUCCGUUUUGAGUUGAUUCGUUCAAAUGUUAAAUAUUUUUGCAUUGUAAAACAAUGUACAAUGUUUCAAUUGAUCAAAGCUAAUUUACCAUUAUGGUGGUCUGGAAUUAAAUAUGAAUAUAAUACUGUUAUGUUGCCGCCGUCUACCGUUGAAACAUGCAUUGGAAGUUCAGAGAAUACAAUUGAAAUUAAACUUUAA